GACCACAGCUAGUUAGCCUUUAGCUAACAUACAUGCUGGAAGCUGUACGUUAUUGGCUGCAGUGAAGAGUUUUUAAGAUAAGUUGAUGUUUGCGGCGCUGAAACAAGCCCGGUUUUAGUCCUCUGGAUGGUUUGUUGUGAGUUAAAGUGUUGAAGCUUUUUUUUUUUGGAUGAACAUGUGGAGCUCCGGCCGUCGUGUCCUUCAGGAGCUGCUCAGCCAGCCGGCUGUCCGGAGCUUCUCUCUGAGUCCAGUUCAGAACACUGUUGUGGUGGAGCGAUGGUGGCAGGUGCCUUUGUCCAAAGUCGGCAGCCCGCCGAGGCUUCACCCUCGACGACACAGAGUCUACAAGAUGGUUGAAGACACCAAAAACGCUCCAAAGGAGAAGAUGGAGCUCAUCCUAACUCAGACCGUCAACAGGCUCGGCGGGCGAGGAGACACUGUGUUUGUGAAGAAGUCACUUGGACGAAAUAAGUUGCUGCCCGAUGGCCUGGCUGUGUAUCCGUCACCAGAGAACAAAGCCAUGUUUGCUGAGGAGUUACGGCUUUUGCAUGCGGGAUUGUCACAGGGCAGACCCCAAACCCGCACCGGGCAAAUGACAGUGGAGUUCCUUAAACGCUCCACUCUGAAGAUCUAUAAAAUGCCCUCUGAACACUUCCAGGUCAAUAAAGAAGUCGUCCGCAGACAAUUUGCCAAGAGGUUGGGAGUCGUUAUGCCGCCUCAUGCUCUGAGUGUUCCAUUUGAGUCAGUGACGGAGUUGGGAGACUACUGGUGUGAAGUUACGGUUAACGGAAUAGACACAGUUCGCGUUCCCAUAUCGCUGGUGCCGUAUGAAGACUUGUCUGCGAACCAUCAAAGGAUGCUGAGACAACAAAGGCGGCAGCAGAAGGAGGCCGAGGCAGCUGCUGCAGAAGCUGCUGAGGAGCAGGGGGAGGAGGUUGUUUUAAAGGCUGAAGCAGCAGCAGCAAGUCCACGGUCAUGA